CCACGCCCCUUUGGCAUACAUUAAUAAUUGAGCUGUCAAUCAAUUUCUACAAGCCACGCCCCUUUGGCAUACAUUAAUAAUUGAGCUGUCAAUCAAUUUCUACAAGCCACGCCCCUUCUAUUGACACACAUUAAUAUCCUCCCUGUCAAUCAAACGCUGAAAGCCACGCCCCUUGAAUUGUGGCAUUAAUAUUCUGUCAAUCAUCGGUGCAAACCACGCCCCUUCCAUUGGGUUGAACUGGUGUCUUAGCUGUCAAUCAAACGCUGCAAGCCACGCCCCUUGAAUUGUUUAAUUAAUAUUCUGUCAAUCAUCAUGCAAAGCACGCCCCUUCCAUUGGGUUUAGUUGAUGUCUGAUCUGUCAAUCAACCGCUGAGAGACACGCCCCUCUGUCAAUCAUCCACUAGCCACGCCUAUGGUAUAUCUGCAUAAUCCUGCGCAUCAACCAAUAGGAUUGACAGGCGGUCACCCGCCGGCCAAUGGGAGCGCGGCGGGGGCGUGGCUUGGCUAAGGGGCCGGCCGGCGAGCGCGGGAGCUGCGCAGUCCUUCAGCGGCCGGCGGAGGGAUAGCAUGUCGUAGGUACGAUGGGGAAAUGGCGGUUGUGGUUCUAUCGCGACAUGGCGGCCGCGAUUCUAUCGCGACAUGGCGGCCUAUCGCGGCCCCGACCCGCGUUCCCCCCGUCGCCGCCAGCCGCGGGCGCUCGGGGUUUUAGCGGCGUCGCAGAGCAGCGGCGGCUCCUUCUUCACCCGGCGGGGCUGAGGCGGGGCCUCGGGGCCCCGCCGGAUUUCGGGGGAGCGCACAAAAAACGAUCCCGGGGGGGCUCCGGUUCUGUCCCGGGUCGGUCUCGGUGCCCUCCCGGUUUUAUCCCGGUUUUAUUCCGCUUUUAUCCCGCUUUUAUCCCGGUUUUAUCCCGGUUCUGUCCCGUUCUGACUUCGCUUCUCUCCCCUCAGGCGGCGCCGCCGGCGGGAAACGCUUCGGAGGAUCUGCGCUGUGGACUUCGCGCUUUUUUUUAUGACCUGCUGUCGGAACUUUUUCGCUUCCGGGACUCGCUGCCGGGUCAUGACCCCACCUGUGACCCCACCUGUGACCCCUGUGACCCCACCUGUGACCCCUGUGACCCCGGCCAUGACCCCGCUGACCCCUCCGGUGACCCCUGUGACCCCUCGGAUGACCCUUUGGUGGCCGAGAUGGAGCGGACGCUGCGGCUGAUGGAGCAGAUCCACGUCUCCCCGGCAGGGCGCGGGCGGGCGCUGGUGCUGCGGGCGCGGGCGCUGGGCGUGGCCCCGGCGGCGGGCGCGGCGCGGGCGGAGGCGGCGCUGGGCCACGCCCUGAAGCUGGACCCCGCCCUGGGCGCGGCCUGGCGGCACCUGGGCGAGCAGCGCUGGCGGCGCGGGGACCUCAGGGGGGCAAGGCAGGCCUUCGGCGGCGCCCUGCGGCAGGGCGAGGACCCCGAGGCGCGGCGCCUGCUCUCCAUGGCGCUGCGGGCGCAGGGGGCGGGGCCGGGCCCGCGGGGGGCGGGGCCUGGCGGCGAGGGGGCGGGGCCAGCCCCGGGGGGCGGAGCCCUGAGGGAGAGCCUGGCCCAGGCGGAGGCGGCGGUCAGGUGUGACCCCAGGAACGGCCAGAGCUGGUACGUGCUGGCCAACGCCCACGUGGCGCUGUUCUUCGCGGGCGGGCAGAGCCCCGGCAGCGCCCGGCGCGCGCUGGCGGCCUACGCACAGGCGGAGCGCGUGGACCCCGCGGCCGCCGCCAACCCCGACCUGCACCUGAACCGCGCCACGCUGCUGCAGUUCCUGGAGCGGUUCCAGGGGGCGCUGGAGGGGCUGAGCCGCGCGGCCGAGCUGGCGCCGGGCUGGGCCGAGCCCCGGAACCGGCACCGGCACCUCAUGGAGCACCUGGGGAGGGUGUGCGGGCUGCUGGAGAGCCGGGGGAAGCUGCGCGGGAAGCGCCGCCGGGGCGUGGCCGGGCCGGUGCCCCUCCCCCUGCUGGGGCCGCUGGGCGGGGCCGGGGGGCCGCGCCCCUCCCCCAUCGCCGCGCUGCGCCCCGGGCCCAACCCCCACCGCGUGGUGCUGGGGAGGGUCUUGUUCAGCACCGCCCCGCCCGGGGGCGUGCCCUACACGGUGGGGCUGCAGGACGGGGGCGGGGCCGUGGCCGCCGUCACCGUGUACAACGCCGCCCCCACGUGGGGCGUGACCGUGGGCGACGCGGUGGGCGUGGCCGAGCCCGAGCUGACCAAUCACCUGGUGCAGCACCAGGGACAGAUGUUCUCGUUCGUGGGGCUCCGUGUCCCCUCCCCCCUGUCCCUGGUGGUCAACGGCCGCCGCCCCCCCGGCCACGCCCUGGCCCCGCCCCGCCUGGCGCUGACCAAUCCCGGCGCGCCGCCGCCCGCCCCGGACACGCCCCCCGACGCCAACUGACCAAUCCCGGCGCGCCGCCGCCCGCCCCGGACACGCCCCCCGACGCCAACUGACCAAUCCCGGCGCGCCGCCGCGCAAUGACCACGCCCACCCGGAUCGGGGCAAUAAACGGAGAUUUUGGGAAA